CGGGCGGGCCUGGCGGGCUUCCGGGCCGAGCCGCCGCGACCCCUCUCCGCAGGCCGGGCGCCGGGCGGCCGCCUCCGCGAGCCGCGGCGGGACUCGGCGAGCCGACCGGCCUGCCGCGUACAAAGCCCCGGGGCGCGGGCCCAGUGGUGCUCCUGGAGCCAGGGGAUCCGGGGCCCCCGGCCGGGAGCGACUGGGGAAGAAUCCAGGUGACCUGCAGUGUCGCGGUCCUCCCAGCCCCGGCUUCCUCUGCACGCCGCCGGGGUUCCAUACUUGUCUCCAUAAAGACCCCCUGUGCUCUGUCCAAGGGUGAUAGCUAAGGGCCUGGAGAAAGAGAGUGGAAAAUGCAAAACAACGAAAUUAUAAAACCUGCCAAAUACUUCUCGGAGUUGGAAAAGAGCAUCUUGCUUGCUUUGGUAGAAAAGUACAAAUAUGUGCUGGAAUGUAAGAAAAGCGAUGCCCGAACUAUCGCCCUCAAGCAGCGGACCUGGCAAGCGCUUGCCCACGAAUACAACUCUCAACCAAGUGUGUCACUGCGGGAUUUCAAGCAGCUCAAGAAGUGCUGGGAAAACAUCAAGGCUCGGACCAAAAAAAUUAUGGCCCAUGAAAGGAGAGAGAAAGUGAAGCGGAGCGUCAGCCCGCUGCUGAGUACCCACGUCCUGGGGAAGGAGAAGAUCGCCAGCAUGCUGCCUGAGCAGCUGUACUUUCUGCAGAGCCCGCCCGAGGAGGAGCCGGACUACCACCCUGACGCCUCAGCCCCAGAAUCAUUUGCUGUUUCAAAUAGAGAACUGUGCGAUGAUGAGAAAGAGUUCAUACAUUUUCCAGUAUGUGAGGGGACCUCUCAACCUGAACCCUCGUGUUCAGCUGUCAGAAUAACAGCCAAUAAAAACUACAGGAGCAAAACCUCUCAGGAAGGUGCUUUAAAAAAGAUGCAUGAGGAAGAACACCAUCAACAAAUGUCCAUCUUACAACUGCAGCUGAUUCAAAUGAAUGAGGUGCAUGUGGCCAAAAUCCAGCAGAUAGAGCGAGAGUGUGAGAUGGCAGAGGAGGAACACAGGAUAAAAAUGGAAGUUCUCAAUAAAAAGAAGAUGUAUUGGGAAAGAAAACUACAAACUUUUACCAAGGAAUGGCCUGUUUCUUCAUUUAACCGGCCCUUUCCCAAUUCACCCUAAGACUUUGGGGGUGGCUCCCUUGUAAUUAAUCUGUGUUGGCAAAGGAAGUCUGGAACAUGAACUCGCGGUCACUAACUUGUAACAGAGCUACAACUAGGAAAUUUAGAGUGGUAGUAGUCACUUAUUUAAGAAUACAUUCAGGUAAACAGCUGCAUCCUAUGUACCCCUUAAGUGGCAAAGAAGCUGUUAUAGUUUCUGAAAAGUAUCACUGAGUGCUAUAAUUCUGAAUGUAAUGUUUCUUAAUUAGAAUUCAUACAAGAACCAUGUGUGAGUGUUGUAUCUUUUUUUAAUCAAAUGCAAGUGUGACUAUAAAGGAGUGUGGCUGAUUUUUUUUCUUUCUUUCUUUUUUCUUUUUUCUUUUUUUAAAGCAGACAGCAGAACUUUUCUAUCAAAUGAAUGCUCUCCCAUUGAAGGCUGUCCAGGGUGGCCCACACGUGUCUCCAGUGGCUGUGUUAUUGCUCAGAACUUGCUAGAGGUCUUUAAGGAACCUCCACAAGAGCUGCAGGGCCUCUUUUAUUUUUUCCAAUGUCACCCUCUGAUGUGGAUUUUCUGUUUCCAAACAGCCCAGCAUUUGAAAGAAUAGUUUCUAAUGUGGCUCAUAAACUGGCUUUUAAGGCUCUUCCCCAAAGAGGAGUUCCAAGUACUGUCUCAACAGUGGAGAGUUUUGUUGGGAACUAAGGAUGUAAUAACUUUGAGGGAGAAAUGUUUAUUUAGGUUUAUACAUUGUUGUUUGUUUUAUUAAAAAAAAAAGACUUGCAA